AUGGCACAGAGAGGAAAUCAGUUAGACUCACUGAAAUUCUCUUGUUCGAUCUGUUUGGAUCUACUGAAGGAUCCGGUGACUACAGCCUGUGGACACAGCUACUGCAGGAACUGUAUUAAAAGUUUCUGGGAUGAAGAGGACAGGAAGGGAAUCCACAGCUGCCCUCAAUGCAGGAAGACUUUCACACCGAGGCCUGUCCUGGAGAAAAACGUCAUGUUAGCAGCUUUAGUGGAGCAGCUGAAGAAGACUGGACUCCAAGCUGCUCCAGCUGAUCACUGCUAUGCUGGACCUGAAGAUGUGGCCUGUGAUUUCUGCACUGGGAGGAAACUGAAAGCCAUCAAGUCCUGUUUAGUCUGUCUGGCCUCUUACUGUGAGAAACACCUCCAACCUCACUAUGAUGCAGCUCCAUUAAAGAAACACAAGCUGGUGGCCCCCUCCAAGAAGCUCCAGGAGAACAUCUGCUCUCGUCAUGAUGAGGUGAUGAAGAUUUUCUGUCGUACUGAUCAGCAGAGUAUCUGUUAUCUCUGCACAGUGGGUGAACAUAAAGGCCAUGAAACAGUCCCAGCUGCAGCAGAAAGGACUGAGAAGCAGAAGGAGCUCGAGGUGAGACGACUAAACAUCCAGCAGAGAAUCCAGGAGCGAGAGAAAGAUGUGAAGCUGCUUCAACAGGAGGUGGAGGCCAUCAAUGGCUCUGCUGAUAAAGCAGUGGAGGACAGUGAGAAGAUGUUCACUGAGCUGAUCCGUCUCAUCCAGAAAAGAAGCUCUGAUGUGAAGCAGCAGGUCAGAUCCCAGCAGGAAACUGAAGUGAGUCGAGUCAAAGAGCUUCAGGAGAAGCUGGAGCAGGAGAUCGCUGAGCUGAAGAGGAAAGACGGCGAGCUGGAGCAGCUCUCACACACAGAGGAUCACAACCAGUUUCUACACAACUACCCCUCACUGUCAGCACUCAGUGAGUCUACACACUCAUCCAGCAUCAAUAUUCGUCCUCUGAGGUACUUUGAGGAUGUGACAGCAGCUGUGUCAGAGACCAGAGAUAAACUACAGGACAUUCUGAGAGAGGAAUGGACAAACAUCUCACUGACAGUCACUGAAGUGGAUGUUUUACUGUCACCACCAGAGCCAAAGACCAGAGCUGGAUUCUUAAAAUAUUCACAUGAAAUCACACUGGAUCCAAACACGGCACAUAUACUUUUGUUGUUAUCUGAGGGGAACAGAAAAGUAACAAGAAUGAAACAACAGCAGUCUUAUUCUGAUCAUCCAGACAGAUUUGCUGAUUGGUGUUAUCAGGUCCUGAGUAGAGAGAGUCUGACUGGACGUUGUUACUGGGAGGUGGAGUGGAGAGGUGGAGAAGUUGGUCUCGCAGUCACAUACAAGAAUAUCAUCAGAGCAGGGAGCCUCGAUGAAUGUGGAUUUGGAUACAAUGACAAAUCUUGGGCAUUAUAUUGUGACAUAAAGAGUUUUCAAUUUUGGCACAACAAUGUCCACAUUGACCUCUCAGGUCCUCGGUCCUCCAGAGUAGGAGUGUACCUGGAUCACAGAGCAGGUAUUCUGUCUUUCUACAGCGUCUCUGAAACCAUGACUCUCCUCCACAGAGUCCAGACCACAUUCACUCAGCCGCUCUAUGCUGGACUUUCUCUUUGGGAUGAUGGAGACACUGCAGAGUUGAUUAAAAUCAAAUAGAGAAGACAGGUUCAUGUUAAUCCCUGACCAUUAUAUGUACUUGUGUAGUUUCUAAAUGAGGCUUUACAUUUUAGAGGCUGAGAAGUUCAGUGGUCCAUUGAUGUGUGAAAAUAAUAUUGCACUGAUUCAAACUGUACUUACAUUUAUAUACCUUACAUCAAUAUAAAUCUGAAUUUGUUCUUAUGGCUGAUAAUCAUGUGAGUUUAAAUGAUACUACUCUUCAUAUUCAGCAUGUUUGAAAUCUUUCAUCAGUCUGGUUAGUGGUUUUAUUCUGUAGUUGCUGUAGUGGGUUGUCAAAUGCAACAAUAUAUUGGAGCUGCAGUGAUUCAUCAGUUAGUCAAUGAUUAGAGAAUUGAUUGUUUUAAAAUGUAACAAAAAAAUGAAUCCUUGAGGUUUUUGACCUUAUAUUAUUGUUAUUAUUGUAUCUACAGUGAUGACAUUUAA